GGUUCAUCACCCCGCGUCUUGUGGUGUCUGGGUGGGGCUGAGUGAAGGUGUGUGUUACAGGGCGCAGACCGUUGUGUGUGACAAAACCUAUUGUGUCCCAGAAGCAUGUGUCUUUAUCCACGUGGAUGCACGCCUCUUCCUUGCUCUGCCCCGAGACACACCCCGGUCCCUCCUUAGACCGAGAAGGGAGGUUGGGGAGCCUCCCCUCUGCCCAAGGGCCACGCCAGUCCCUCCCCGCCCUGCCCAACCGUCACCACCCCCAGAGGGCACAGACUCCCUCCGUGCCUCAAAGCAAGAGCCCCAGAGCGAGGAGCAGAGCAGACUGAGGACCUGCAAGCCACAGUGGCUGCCCUUUGUGUGCUGCGAGGUGGGGGACCCUGGGCAGGAAGCUGGCUGAGCCCCAAGACCGCAGGGGCCAUGGGCGGGGAGCUGGUGCCAGGCCUGGGGGCCCUACAGCGGCGAAAGCGGCUGCUGGAGCAGGAGAAGUGGCUGGCUGGCUGGGCACUGGCACUGGCGGGAACUGGCAUCGGACUCAUGGUGCUGCACGCGGAGAUGCUAUGGUUUGGAGGGUGCCCGUGGGCGCUCUACCUGUUCCUGGUUAAAUGCAUGAUCAGCAUUUCCACCUUCUUGCUUCUUUGUCUUAUCGUGGUAUUUCACGCCAAAGAGGUCCAGUUGUUCAUGACCGACAACGGGCUCCGGGACUGGCGCGUGGCGCUGACCGGGCGGCAGGCGGCGCAGAUCGUGCUGGAGCUGGCCGUGUGCGCUCUGCACCCAGCGCCGGUGCGGGGUCCGCGGUGCGCUCAGGGUUUAGGGUCCCGGUCCGCGGCGACGCAGUCCUGGCCGGGCUUCCUGGAUGAGGGGGAGGCGCUGCUGUCGCUGGCCAUGCUGCUGCGCCUCUACCUGGUGCCCCGCGCCGUCCUCCUGCGCAGCGGCGUCUUGCUCAACGCGUCCUACCGCAGCAUCGGCGCCCUCAACCAGGUCCGCUUCCGCCACUGGUUCGUGGCCAAGCUGUACAUGAACACGCACCCCGGUCGCCUGCUGCUCUGCCUCACGCUUGGCCUCUGGCUCACCACCGCCUGGGUGCUGUCGGUGGCCGAGAGGCAGGCUGUUAAUGCCACCGGACACCUUUCGGACACACUGUGGCUGAUCCCCAUCACAUUCCUGACCAUUGGCUAUGGGGACGUGGUGCCAGGCACCAUGUGGGGCAAGAUUGUCUGCCUCUGCACUGGAGUCAUGGGGGUCUGCUGCACAGCCCUGCUGGUGGCCGUGGUGGCCCGGAAGCUGGAGUUUAAUAAAGCAGAGAAGCACGUGCACAACUUCAUGAUGGACAUCCAAUAUGCCAAAGAGAUGAAGGAAUCAGCUGCCCGAGUGCUGCAAGAGGCCUGGAUGUUCUAUAAACACACACGGAGGAAGGAGCGUGGAGCUGCCCGAAGGCACCAGCGCAGGCUGCUGGCUGCCAUCAACAGGUUCCGCCAGGUGCGGCUGAAACACAGAAAGCUCCGGGAGCAAGUGAACUCCAUGGUGGACAUCUCCAAGAUGCACAUGAUCCUGUGUGACCUGCAGCUGGGUCUGAGCAGCUCCCAUCAGGCCCUGGAGAAGCGGAUGGAUGCACUGGCCCGGAAGCUGGACACCCUGACUGAGCUGCUUAGCAAUGCCCUGGGGCCGCAGCAGCUUCCAGAACCAAGCCAGGAGGCCACGUAGCUGGACCCAUGGAGGAAGAACCAAGCUACUUUCCCCAGGAUUGAGGUCGAGGACAUUGUCCCUGCUACUCCUGACCCAGCCCUACGAAUAAAGCACCUCGAGUGCAAGGACCGAAGGGGGCCCCACCUUUGGAUGGGCUCACUCACGGAAGGCUGCUGGAGGAGACACUGGCUCAAGGAGAAGGGCCGUGGCCACACACACACACACGCCCACUCCCUACCCCCAACGGGAAAAUGGUCACUACUACCCUACAUACCCUCGACAAAACAUCCUCACUAUGCUGCUACGGAUGACCUCCAGCUUUCAGUUAGAAAGGGAGGUGCCUGGGGGGGUGAGACUUCUGGGUCCCAGAGGA